AUGUCCGUUCUCCGUGCUCAUGACCAAGACAUGCAGAGGGUGGACUCGCCGCGGUCAAAGUGGACGGGCGAGGCAGCUGGUGAGGCCGAGGGCCCGACGAUCUUGCCCAGGAGCGUGAUCACUCUGCUGGACCUGGUUGAGGAGUACAAGUCAAAGGGUCAGGAGGUCUUCGCAAAGAUUUCUGACUACGUGGCAACAAUGGAGCCCAGCGACCUCCAGGUGGCAGGCCGAGUUCUCAUGGACACUUUGCUCCAGGCAGACUUGGCCGAGUCCCACCAUCGCCUCCGCACAAUUAAACAGGCGGUCUCUGAGGAGGACGACUCUGCCAACGACCUGGCCAGCCUUACGUUCAAAGGGCUGAUGAAGAGAUUGGUUGGACAGGGCGUGAAGCCUGAAGCGAUCCGUGAGGCCUUGAGCAACCAGAAGAUCGAGCUGGUGCUCACUGCCCACCCUACCGAGGCCCAAAGGCGAAGUGCAUUGAAGAAACACGAGGACAUGUUGGGCUACCUGAAGAGCUAUGAUGGCAAGGACACGCUUACACCAGGGCAGCUGCAGGGCCUGGAUGACAACAUCAAGGCCGUGCAGUGGAGCUGCUGGCGCACCAACACCGUGCGACGCACUAGGCCCACGCCGGAGGGGGAAGCUCGCAAUGGGAUGCUGGUCAUCGAGGAUACGGUGUGGAAGGCACUGCCUGAGUACUACCGCCGCAUUGAUCGUUGCUUGAGGCGCAUUGGUCAGCCUCCCUUGCCCUAUGGAGCGUCGCUUUUCAAGAUGAGCAGUUGGAUGGGUGGUGAUCGCGAUGGGAACCCCAAUGUGACUUGGCAAACGACGAAGCAGGUCGUCACCUUGCUGCGCUGGCGCAUUGUGGAGCUCUACUACCAGGAAGUGGAUGAGCUCCUCUAUGAGCUCAGCAUGACCGGUGAGACUUCAGAGGAGCUCCAGAGGGAGAUCGAGGCAGUGAGCAGCAUGUGGUCCGCUGAGACGGUCCCCGGGGGCAAGGUCUGCCGUCCAGACGCUCGCAGCGGUGUGCACUGGAACUUCCACACAGGCGUGGCCGCGGACGAGCCUUACCGAAGGCUUCUGAUGGCCCUCCGAAGGCGUUGCUGGCGGACCAAGAAGACCAUGGAGGCCAUGUACAUGGACAGCCCAGUUGAGCCCGACUUCGAGAAGGAGGUCAUCACCUCUGUGGACGAACUGGCUCGGCCGUUGGAGAUCAUCUACCGCUCCCUUGUGGAAGGUGGCGAUGAGGUCGUGGCCAAUGGCCGGCUUUUGAAUCUCAUCCGCCGAGUGCGCACCUUCGGCAUCAGCAUGGCCUGCUUGGAUGUGCGUCAGGAGUCGGACCGCCACUCGGAGGCUUUGGAUGCCUUAACCACCUACCUUGGCCUCGGCUCCUACACAUCUUGGACGGAGCAGCAGAAGUGCGACUGGCUUGUGAAGGAGAUCGAGUCCAAGAGACCCCUGCUUCCUGAAGACCUGCCCUGCAGUGACAUUGUCAAGGAAGUCAUUGCUACUUACAAGACAAUCGCAGAGUUGCCUAUUGAGGCCUUGGGCGCCUACUGCAUCUCAAUGUCGCGGGCCACCUCCGAUGUCCUGGCUGUGUGCCUGUUGCAGAAGAUCGGAGGCGUCAAGAAGUUCAUGCGCGUGAGCCCGCUCUUCGAGACCCGGGACGAUCUGAUCAAUGCCCCGAAGGUGAUUGAUGCUGCCUUCAGCGUGCCGUGGUACAAACAGCACAUUCAGGGCAAGCAGGAGGUGAUGCUGGGCUACUCCGACUCUGUGAAGGAUGCCGGCAAGUUUGCUUCGACCUGGGAGCUGCACGUGGCCAUGGAGAAGAUCCUAGAGGUGGGCAAGAAGCAUGGCGUCGAUGUCACUUUCUUCCACGGCCGGGGCGGCUCCAUCGGACGUGGAGGCGGACCGCCCCACCUCACUCUUUUGGCUCAGCCGGAGGGAUCCUUGGCACGUGGCCACCUGCGCCUGACCAUCCAGGGAGAGACAAUUGGCCGGCACUUCGCCAGCGCCGAGGUGGCAGAAAGGACUUUGGAGCGGUACGCAACGGCUGUGCUCAGGCACACCGUGACGCCUCCUCCGCUCCCUAGCCCGGAGUUCCGAGCAGCCAUGCAGGAGCUGGCAGAUAUUUCUGCGGCAGAGUACCAGAAGACGGUCUUCAAGAGCGAGAACGACAUUUUCGUGCGCUUCUUCCACACUUACACUCCCACCUCUGAGCUGGGGCAGAUGAACAUCGGCAGCCGGCCCGCCAAGCGCCGCAACUACGGCGGCAUUGACACGCUCCGGGCCAUCCCGUGGAUCUUCGCCUGGACCCAGACCCGUUUGCUGCUCCCUGUGUGGCUCGGCAACGGCUUGGCGCUGCAGAAGUACAUCGAUGACGGGAAGCUCCCCCUGCUGCAGAAGAUGUACAAAGAGUGGCCGAUGUUCCAGUCGAUGAUGGACCUGAUUGACAUUGAGCUUGGAAAGGCGCAGCCUGACCUGGCCAAGCACUAUGAGGCCAAGACUGUGAAGGAUGAGGACUUGAAGCAGCUUGGACAACACCUCCGCAAUGGCCUCCAGCAGGCCAUCACCAACGUUCUUCUAAUCAAGGGCAGUGACAAGCUGCUGACCAAAGAUCCCGUG